AUGGAUUAUUUGGAGCACGCACAUCAGCCCUGCCACGACACACUGAAGGAUUCCAACAAUCUCAUGGCAGUCCAUUUCAGUCUCCCAAGUCCAGGCAAAAGAGGCAGAUUCCAGGAGUGCGGCGUACUGACCGGGAAGGUGGCACGUAAGGCGUGUCCCCAGAGGAAGCAGGAUCCCUCUCGCAGGGGAGUACUUGCGCAGCCCGAGUUUCCUGCUGCAGGCGGAGGAGAUGGCGGAGCUAUUCACGCUGAAAAAGGUGAACGCUCUCCACUGAAUUUGCUGCAAUCACCCAACUACAACGGGCCAGCCAUCACCAUCAAAGCACCAGUUAACCACAGACUCAAUCACUCUGCUAAUGAAGCCCAUCUGUCAAGCAAUGGCAAAGAGCAUUCCCCUGGACUAAUGACUGGCAAAGCGCAGGGGAAAGUGAACGAGAAGGGAAGAAAUGACAAAAUGGAAGAUGGCAAGUUACCAAUAGGAUAUGGCUCGAAGUCUUCUUGCCAGUGGAAUGAAGCAACAGCAGAAGAUGGCAGGAUUCAUGAGGAGUCUAAAGGUGAACAGAAUGAUGACGAGAAGAGGAAGGAGAGAGGAGGAGGCGAGCCAAAGGAUGAAGAGAAGACGGAGCAGAAAUUGUACAAGAUAGCCAAUGAACUCCUGCAGACAGAGAGGGCCUACGUGGCUCGUCUCCACCUGCUUGACAAGGUGUUCUGCUCACGCCUAACAGAAGAGGCCGGUCGAGGCUCAUUCCCUCCCGAGGUGAUCAAAAAUAUCUUCUCCAACAUUUCCUCCAUCUACUCCUUCCAUAGCCAGUUUCUGCUACCUGACCUAGAAAACUGCAUCAGCCACUGGCGCGAGAGCCCAGGCCUGGGUAAUGUCCUGCUGCAACACGCACCCUUCCUGAGGAUGUACGCCGACUACAUGAGGAACUUUGACCAGGCAAUGGAGCUAGUGAGGACCUGGACCGAACGCUCCUCUGCCUUCAGAAACAUCAUCCAAGACGUACAGAGUCAGGAGGUGUGUGGCAGCCUGACCCUGCAGCACCACAUGCUGGAGCCAGUCCAGAGGGUUCCACGUUACGAGAUGCUGCUCAGGGAUUACCUGAAGAAACUGCCCGAGGACAACCCAGAUUAUCAGCCGGCUCACAAGUCCUUCCGGACCAUUUCCAUGGCAGCCACCCACUCAAACAGCGCCAUCCACAAAGCCGAGAGCCUGAAGCGGCUGCUGGAGAUUUAUGAGAUGGUUGGAGAGGAGGAAGUGGUCAACCCAACCAACGAGUUCCUCAAGGAGGGUCGCCUGCUCAAGCUUGCUGCCAGGAACACAUCGGCCAUGGAGAGGCAUCUAUUCUUGUUCAACAACUUUCUGCUGUGCUGCACUCCUAAGUUCAGCCUCGUUGGGCAGCGUUUUACUGUCCGCUGCAGGAUCGGAGUGGAUGGCAUGCAGGUGCAGCAGACCACCAAUGAAGGCCAUCCAUACACCUUCCAGGUCUCUGGAAAGGAGAGGACCCUUGAGCUGCAGGCCAGCUCUGAACAAGAUAGAGAUGAGUGGAUAAAGUUAAUUCAGGAAGCCAUUGAUGUGUUUCAGAAGAAAAAUGAAACCUUCAAGUUGGCUUCUAAGGAGCUAAACGUAGAAGAACCAACUGAAGAACUUGGCCGACGUGCCCCUCGCUGGAUCAGGGACAACGAGGUGACCGUGUGUAUGAAAUGCCAGGAACCCUUCAACGCGCUCACCAGGAGAAGACACCACUGCAGAGCCUGUGGCUGCGUGGUGUGCUGGAAGUGUUCAGACAAUAAAGUGGCUUUAGAGUAUGACAAUAACAAGCUGAACAAAGUGUGUAAAGCCUGCUACUCCAUCCUGACCGGUCAGAGAGGGGAGAGGGUGGAGGGGAAGAAGAGACGAAUAGUGGAGCUGGAGGCAUCUCCAGUGUCCACUGACGGCGUGAUGAGUGGCUUCCUGCUGUACGGUGACAACCCCAAGACCUGGCAACAGGUGUGGUCGGUUAUCAGCAGAACUGAACUUCCGACCCUCUGUCUGUACGCUGCUCCACAGGAUGUAAAGCCCCUAUCCUGUAUACCUCUGCUGGGCUACAGAGUGGAGGAUUCCCUUCAAGAGCUCCAGGGUCAGCCUUGUUUCUGUUUAAGCCAAUCCAGAGCAACCCACACGUUCUCCUGCGAUAGCUUGGACCUCAAACAGAGCUGGCUGACUGUUCUUAAAGUUGCUGUGACAGGCAGGAUGCCACUCAGUGGCUAUGACAUCACCACAAGUGGCUCCAGAUGUGGAAUUAAGGGUAAUGUGAAUGAUGGAAGAGUCUCUAGUGGUGAGGAAUUUAUCAUCAAUGGCAACAUAGAAAACUACUCCUGAAUGUUUGAGAUUAGCCACGAUGGAAAGGAAGAAAUACAAGCAUAUACACGAACACACAGCAACAAAUGAAACAAGUGCACUGAUAAUAAAGACGGUGGCUUUGAACUGCACAUUUUGAUAAAAUGAAUGAAAUGUAGAAAUGAAAUUCAGGAAUGUAAAGAUUGUUGAUAAAUAAUAUUCAGACUGAGAACUGUGUUUUCCUUAUAAGUGGCAAUGCACUUUAUUUCUGAAAUGGUUUACAGUAAAAUAAAUAAAGUGAAGGUGUUUUAACAUGAC